CUAGUUUGUAGUUUAGCAAGGCCUUAGUUGUCAGAAAUACAAUAUACUUGCAGUCAAACAAAAGUUAGCUGGCAAUACUCCUUGAAAAUUAUAAUACCUUGUCACAAAAGUCGAAUUCGUUAAAAGUAUGGCCUUUAGACGUUUGUUCUCGCUGCCUUUUGUUAAAGCCGAAGAUGACGACGAGUUAGUUGAUCCGCAAGAAUCUCUCAGGGAGCAUUGCAAGGAGAAGGAUCACAUCAAGUCCUUGUACGACAAGUAUCAAGAGUGCAAUGAUCGCGUUAAUGGAAAAUCCAAAACAACUGAGACUUGCAUGGAGGAACUAUUUGACUACGUUGCCGAAUUGGAUCACUGCGUGGCUCACACUCUCUUCUCAAAGCUGAAGUAACUCAAAAUUUGUGGACGAAUAUCUACAUCUGCUCGCAAAAAAAAUGAGCGUUUAAAUAAACGAAAAUCAGAAAUUUA